AUGGAAAAAGGUCAGUUAGGUCAUGGAGAUAUGAUCCAACGUGACAGGCCUACCGUUGUCUCAGGACUCUCUAAGCACAAGAUUGUGAAAGCAGGAGCAGGGAGGAGCCACACGGUUGUGGUUAGCGAUGAUGGCCGGUCCUUUGCUUUUGGGUUGAAUAAGCAUGGGCAGUUGGGUUUAGGCACCGCCAAAAACGGAUUUGUUUCUGUAGAAGUUGAAUCGUCGCCUCUUCCAUGUGUUGUGUCUGAUGAGGUCACAAACAUUGCCUGUGGGGCUGAGUUCACGGUGUGGUUAUCUUCUACCGAAGGAUCCACUAUACUGACUGCCGGACUCCCACAGUAUGGUCAACUUGGUCAUGGAACUGAUCAUGAGAUGGGGCUUUGGUGGAUAUGGAAGGUUGGUACUAGUCCAUCUCUGAGUUUGUUACAACUUACACGGCUUGGACAUAGGGAGCAGAAAGAUGAAUGGUCUCCUCGCCGCGUUGAUGUGUUUCAGAUACAUUUUGUUUUGCCUCCAAAUGCCAUUGUCUCUGCUGGCUCUGCAAACUCCUUUUGUAGUGCUGGCAAGUGA